UCGGUGUGGGAAGUAACCUAUAGGCCGGCUUACCGAAAGAAUAAGAGGAACACUCAAUCAUUCAUGGUGCAGCUUUUGUCAGUCUGUGCUUACUGGCUGCGUAGACUACUGGCACAGAUCGGAAAGAGUGGUAGCCUAGCCUAUUCCUCUAAAUACAUUAUUUACGCAGCAGCGGAUUGCUAGGUAGGCUAAUAUCACCACAAUCACGGAUACUGGCACAGUCCCGCUGGCUGAUUCAUUAACAAAAAUGAAACAAAUAUGUUAUGUUUUACUUUAUUUUUGACAGUCAAAUAGACAAAAACACGCAUUAUUUUUCUGUGACAGGCUGCGAUGUUCACGGCGGCAUAUAUUAUUAUGAAGCAGCAGGUAUGUGAUGGUGUCCAAUAGCUGUGUCCAGUCUAGAGGGAGCCGGUGCCACGCUUCGGCUCCACAGGCACAAGGCGGCCGGCAGCUAGAUUACUGAGGGAUUACACGGACACUCGUUAACUCAAUGCCACAAAACCGAGUGGGAAGUCUGGGAACAUCGACCAGGGAGGGACUGAAUGGGCGGUCGGCCAACUGACUGACAGACGGGAAGAGCAGGAUCCUCUACAAUCUCUGUGAAUGUAACUCUCAGCUAAUUUCACCAGCGGGAGUUGAGCUGGGAUCGCUCCGCUAGGAUCAGAGACCAGUGCUGAAUGUCUGCCUCUGCCAUCCAGCGCAUCUAUCUGUAGCAGGCACAGAUGGUGGGGUGUUGCUAUGACAACACUUGCCCUGCACCAGGGUGUGGAGUUGUCUCCUUACUUGCUCUACUGUCUCUGAUAUGAGACCUCAUCAUGCAAUAACCAGUGGACACCAGUAGUCAGCUGAGCCAUGGCAAAACAGGACUCCUCACUGUUCCUCCACGGCUUUGACCUGGGGGGACACUUCAUAGACCCCCGGCCUCUGGGCAGCGGUGCCACUGGUCUGGUUCUGUCUGCUGUGGACAAGCGCAGCGGCCAGCGGGUGGCUGUGAAGAAGCUGGUGAUGCGUGACGCGGUCAGCGUGAAGCACGCCCUGCGGGAGGUCAAGAUCACACGGCGCCUGCAGCAUGAGAACGUGGUGCGCGUGCACGAGGUUCUGGGCCCUUACGGCCACCCGCUGCCUCGCGACCCGGCCCAGCUGAGUGCCCUGUACAUCGUCCAGGAGUGCAUGGAGACGGACCUAGCUAAGCUGCUAGAGCAGGGACCACUUCCCGGUGGGCACGCCAUUUUGCUCUUCUACCAGCUACUACGAGGCCUCAAGUUCAUCCACUCAGCCAACGUGCUGCACCGCGACCUUAAACCAGCCAACGUGUUCCUCAACACAGACCAGCUACUGCUCAAGAUUGGAGAUUUUGGCCUGGCCCGAAUCGUUGACCCACACUACUCCCAUAAGGGCUACCUGUCAGAGGGCUUGGUGACUAAAUGGUACCGGUCUCCGCGCCUGUUGCUCUCACCCAACAACUACACCAAGGCCAUCGAUAUGUGGGCAGCUGGCUGCAUCCUGGCAGAGAUGCUAACAGGCCGCAUGCUCUUUGCAGGAGCCCAUGAGCUGGAGCAGAUGCAGCUGAUCCUGUAUACGGUGCCUGUGUUGAGGGAAGAGGACCAUCACGACCUCCGGCAGGUCAUCCCCUCCUACGUCAGCCACGGUUGGAGGGUCAGGAGGUCCUUCAGAGAACUACUACCUGAAGUCGAUGCAGACGCCAUAGACUUCCUGGAACGUAUUCUGACCUUUAACCCCAUGGACCGGCUGACGGCAGAGGCGGCCCUGUCCCAUCCCUUCCUGCAGCAGUACUCGUGUCCCCAGGACGAGCCCAUGUCACCCCAGCCCUUCCGCAUAGAGGACGAGCUAGAUGAUAGCCUGGUCACGGAGCCCGGCCACAGCCACAGCCAGGCCUCUAGCUCUCACUGGGACAGAUAUGAUACCAGCCUGUCAUCAGACCUGUACUGGCAGCAGCAGGGUGGCUGUCAGUGCAUGCCUGGGGUCUCGGAGGUGGUCAACUCCAAAGAGGAGGAGGUCCAGAGAGAUCCCAGGGCAGGUUCCUACCCUCUGUUGGAGGAGGCCCAGGUGGACCCUCGCAAGUAUUCCCACAGCAGCUCUGCCGAGCGCUUCCUGGACCACUCCCACUCCUCUCUGGUGCGGGCCUGUGGGGGCGGGGCUUAUGCUGAGCUGGACUGUGGUCGCUCCUGUGACUACAAAGUGGGCUCCCCUUCCUAUCUGGACAAGGUUGCGUGGAGGGACGGCAAGCCGCAGCACUACUCCGAGCCCAAGCUGAUCCUGGACCUGUCUCACUGGAAGAGGAAUAGCCAGCUUCCUGUGCCUGAGGGGCCUGAGCCUAGAGGGGCCAGCGUGAAGGAGCUGCCUGUCGAGGAGACACCUUGGGACCUAUUCCAGGAGAUCUCUCGCUGGGUGGAGAGCACACAGACUCGCCUGUCCUGCCCCAGCCCACCCCAGGAACCCCUGUCCUCCGCCAGCCCACCCCAGGAACCCCUGUCCUCCGCCAGCCCACCCCAGGAACCCCUGUCCUACCCCAGCUCACCCCAGGAACUCCUGUCCUGUCCCAGCCCACCCCAGGAACUCCUGUCCUGCCCCAGCCCACCACAGGAACCCCUGUCCUGCCCCAACCCACCCCAGGAACUCCUGUCCUCCGCCAGCCCACCCCAGGGACCCCUGUCCUUCCCCAGCCCACCCCAGGAACUCCUGUCCUGCCCCAGCCCACCCCAGGAACCCCUGUCCUACCCCAGCCCACCCCAGGAACCCCUGUCCUACCCCAGCUCACCCCAGGGACUCCUGUCCUGCCCCAGCUCACCCCAGGAACUCCUGUCCUGCCCCAGCCCACCCCAGGAACCCCUGUCCUCCGCCAGCCCACUCCAGGAACCCCUGUCCUACCCCAGCUCACCCCAGGAACUCCUGUCCUGCCCCACCCCACCCCAGGGACCCCUGUCCUUCCCCAGCCCACCCCAGGAACUCCUAUCCUCCGCCAGCCCACCCCAGGAACCCCUGUCCUACCCCAGCUCACCCCAGGAACUCCUGUCCUGCCCCAGCCCACCCCAGGGACCCCUGUCCUACCCCAGCCCACCCCAGGAACUCCUGUCCUCCGCCAGCCCACCCCAGGAACCCCUGUCCUACCCCAGCUCACCCGAGGAACCCCUGUCCUCCGCCAGCCCACCCCAGGAACUCCUGUCCUCCGCCAGCCCACCCCAGGGACCCCUGUCCUAUCCCAGCUCACCCCAGGAACUCCUGUCCUCCGCCAGCCCACCCCAGGAACCCCUGUCCUACCCCAGCUCACCCCAGGAACCCCUGUCCUCCGCCAGCCCACCCCAGGAACUCUUGUCCUCCACCAGCUCACCCCAGGAACCCCUGUCCUACCCCAGCUCACCCCAGGAACCCCUGUCCUACCCCAGCCCACCCCAGGAACUCUUGUCCUCCACCAGCUCACCCCAGGAACCCCUGUCCUACCCCAGCUCACCCCAGGAACCCCUGUCCUACCCCAGCUCACCCCAGGAACUCUUGUCCUCCGCCAGCCCACCCCAGGGACCCCUGUCCUACCCCAGCUCACCCCCGCUGCCCCCUUUUCCCACCUCUCUCCCUGCCCCACUCUUUCACAGUUGUUCGCCGGUCAUACAGCCAACACCUGGACUGGACAACCGUCACACACUCAGCCCGCCUGCCGCGUCCCAUUCCCCUCCCUCCCUGUUGCCCUGUUCUCCCUCGUCUCCUCCACCAAUGUCACCUCUCAUUCCUUCGUCGAUUCAUGAGCCCCCGCAGACUCUUCCCUCCAGGGGCCAAGGGGGCCCGUUUGACCUAGACAUGUUAAUCUCUCGAGCGCUGAAGCUCUGUGGUCAGAGUGAGGACCUGGGGGGAAGCCCAGACGGGGCCAAACGGGCCAACGUCAAGAGGGUACCUAGACUCCCGGAGCACCGGCCACCCCCACCUCAGACUCCCAACUCCUAAUAGGACCUAGGUCCAAGUCUACCACAGAGGGUGCUGGUAGACUGUGGGAGCGGCAUUUAAGGCUACCACAGAAAGCACAGGUAGACUGUGGGAACUGCUUUUAAGGCUACCACAGAAAGCACUGGUAGACUGUGGGAGCUGUUUAAGUCUACCACAGAAAGCACUGGUAGACUGUGGGAGCUGCAUUUAAGGCUACCACAGAAAGCACUGGUAUACUGUGGGAGCUGCUUCCAAGGACUGUGGUAUACUUAGUAAGACUUGCCUUGUAAAAAGCACGAGUUGACUCACACCCAAAGUAAUAAGCGAGGUGCUGACUAACAGAAUAGUAAACGUAUGGAGAAACAGUCUAUAUACUGUAUACUCCCAAUGAUUACUCCCAGUGUAAAAUAGAUGUUUUUACCCGUUAUCAUUGCGCUGUGCAACUUUUCAUAAGUUGCCUUGACACUGACCCUUCUCACCUCACUUAAAUGAAUGGUGCUGGUCCUUUGGAUCAGAGCAGGAGGCGAGGAGAGAAAAGUGAGGAUCAAGAUCCGUUAGCUACAAACAACAUAAUGAGCUUCCGAUGGCUUUGCUACUGCAUACAGUAUGUCAUUGAGGUCACUGCUGUAAAUGAAUGUAUGUUUUACAGAAUCUAACGGAAAGUAGUAAGCCUAUGGAGUAAGCCUAUGGAGUAAGCCUAUUGAGUAAGCCUAUGGAGUAAGCCUAUGUAGUAAGCCUAUGUAGUAAGCCUAUGUAGUAAGCCUAUGUAGUAAGCCUACAUACAGUAUGUUGCUUGAAAGCAGCAACUGUACUCAUUACAAGAAUGCCUGCAAAUGAUCAACAGUUAGGUGGAAAGAGGAAAUUCCAGGUAUUGCAUAGCAAAAUCGCUUAAAGACAACGCAGCCAGCUAUAUUUGGUUAUAAUUUUGUUGAAAUUACUCUUUCAAACAUAACCCUUUAGGUUGUUUAGAUAUCUUCUAGAUGUGAGUAACUAUAGAUCUUCCUGCAGCAAAUACUUAAGAAGAAUGAUACGAAUAUCUUCCAUUGAGUGGGAAGUAUCGCCUAUAAGGAGUCUGAAUGUAUUUAUAGAUACACAUCUUAGCAUAAGAACAGUUAGCUCUGGUCCGUGGCAUUAGAGCCCCUUCCUCUACUAAGGCAUGUGUUAAUGGAGGAACGCGCACUAACAACCUGGACCAGAGUUAAAUAACAGUCAAAGGGAGAUGGUCUCUGGGACUCAUGUAAUGAGGUUUUACUGUUGAACACUGCUGCUGUUAUUUCAAACAGUAUGCCUUGUACAAUUGUAUACAUUGAAUUGCUGUUUCAGAAAGCAUCUUCCAGAUGCCAGUAAUGGUUUGUUCACAGUUUAAGGUUGAGUACAGCUUUUGGGGAUUUAUGUGUGUGUGUGUGUGUGUGUGUGUGUGUUAUUAUUUAGCUGAAAAGGAGUUUUCUCACGGUAAUGCAGUAAGAUAUAUCUGUCUCGUACCUGCACACCCACGUUGUCAUCACAGGGAGGUAUACUUAGAACAGUGGCAACGCGGUAGUCAGCCUAGCUGAUAUCCAGCUGAUGACAGAAAGCCUAAGGAGUAGUCAUGCACAAGGCCAUGCAGCAAAAAGGCCACACACUCAUCAAGCACUCAAAACUCUUUAGGCUGCACCCCAAACAAACAAACGGCACCCAAUUCCUAUAUAGUGCAAUACUUUUGACCAAAGCCCUAUGGACCCUGGUCAAAAGUAGUGCACUGUAAUGGGAAUUGGGGUUUGCCAUUGGGGACGUAGAUCUUGUCUCGUGCUUUUACCAUUGUUACUACUAUUCAAUGACAGCUACCGUUCUAAAAUGGUUGGAUUUCAUAAUGAUAUACUCUCGAGUCAUGAGAAAUGUAUUAUUGCACAAUAUCACAUGACAUUGUACAGAGGACAUAAUGAGCUAACAUAGUCAAUUCUGGGAAUUGCAGGGUGCAAACUAUCUUCAGAGCAGAGCGAAGUUUUAAUAACAAAAGCACAUCAGACAGACAUUGCCAGGGACCAGGUUCUUAAAAGCCAAUUAGGCUUCAUGUGCAGUGACAGACGUAAUCUGGGCCAGUCCAUUAUAUUUUACUGGUAAAAUAACAGUCAGCAAUAAUGUCAGUACCAGUCAAAAGUUUGGAUACACCUACUCAUUGCAGGGUUUUUAUUUAUUUUGACUAUUUUCUGCAUUAUAGAAUAAUAGUGAGGACUUCAACACUAUGAAAUAACACAUAUG